AUCAUGUCUGGUCGCGGCAAAGGCGGGAAGGGGCUCGGCAAAGGCGGCGCCAAGCGCCACCGCAAGGUGCUGCGCGACAACAUCCAGGGCAUCACCAAGCCCGCCAUCCGGCGCCUGGCCCGCCGCGGCGGCGUCAAGCGCAUCUCCGGCCUCAUCUACGAGGAGACCCGCGGGGUGCUCAAGGUCUUCCUGGAGAACGUGAUCCGGGACGCCGUCACCUACACGGAGCACGCCAAGCGCAAGACGGUUACGGCCAUGGACGUGGUCUACGCGCUCAAGCGCCAGGGCCGCACCCUCUACGGCUUCGGCGGCUGAGCCACUCAUUCCCAACAAUU